UAGUGUCAUGUAGUCGAGUGUAUCGUGUUGAGGCCAAUUCUUUAUACAUUAAUUAAUUUGUGGUGCGGAAAAACACAACAUAUUGGCGACGAUUUACUGAAUUAAUGCAUUAAAAUUAAAUGUCUGGAUUUUAUUGGAUUGAAAUAAUUGCAAUUGUAACAUAAACUUUUUGCCUAGCAAUUUGACAUCCUUUAAAAGGAAGAAAAAUUGUGGGUUUCGGGCGCAAGCUACUGUGAGGUGCAUUAGCUUCGGGAGUCAAGUAAAUGGCGGUUAAAGUGCAAUUUGAAAUUGGUCAUACCUCGAAACUGAGGAGUAAAAAAACCAUUGAAGGUUAUACACAUGAUUGGGAGCUAUAUGUAAAGGGACAGCAGGGCGACAUAAGUGUGUUUGUUGAGAAAAUUGUCUUCAAUUUGCACGAAUCUUUUGCAAAACCCAAACGUGUUUGCAAGGAGCCACCAUAUCUCAUUCAAGAGUCAGGCUAUGCAGGUUUCGAUGUUAUAAUUGAAAUCCAUCUACGUAAUCGAGAUGAGCCAAAGCGCAUUAACUAUCAGUAUGACUUGGAUCUACAGACAACAGGCCCGCCAAAACAUAACCAUGAAAUAAGAAAACACGUCUUUGAGAACCCUUCGGAAGAAUUUCGCCAGAAACUUUUAAAAGGCGGUGGAGUUCUAGUGUCAGCUGUUACAUCCAGUAAUGCCAUAACGAAUAGCUCAAUGUCUGGUGCUAAUAAUACGGGCCAUGUUGAGGCUCAUAAAAGCUCAUCGGCCGAAAAGAAACAUAAAAGUCGUCCCCCAGAUGAUUCAAAGUUAAAUUCAUUUGCCAAUCUAUUUGGCCCACCCAUUACAAAGACAUCUGCGGUUGCUACGGCUGGAAAUGGUGGCACUGCAACCAAUUCAUCUGGAACUGGUGCUUAUAAUGUUGGCAACAACGCCAAACAUUCUCCCGAUAUUAAAACUGGCCAACUGGGUAGCAAUCCCGCCAGCAGUAUGCCUGCAAAAGAAAAAUCGUCUAAAGACAAAGAGAAAUCAUCGUCGGACAGAUCGAAAGACCGGUCCGAACGCAAGGAAAGACACCACAAACAAUCGACAAAUAGCCCCCAUAAGGAAGGCAGAAGUGAUUCCAAAAAGUCAGAAUCAAAACAUGAAAAACGAGAUAAAAAUGAAGAAAAAUCGAAAAAGGAUAAAAAUCGAGACAAAGAUCGCGACAGAGACAAGUCGUCGUCAGGGAAUGCUGCAAACAACAACAAGAGACCUUCGAGUCCAAAGCCUGCAAGAGAGCUCAGUCCAUUGAAAACAAAUGCAGUGGCUCCAAUAAAUACACAAAAUGCCAGUGGUCCUCCUUCUGCAGGUGGAACUGUGGCCAACAGUUCAAGCUCCGUUGCAAGACCUUCAUCUUCACAAAGUGGCAAAAUAGACGAGGGAAAGUCCUCAUCAUCGAAAUCAUCAAAAGAUUCCUCAUCCAAAGAAUCCAAAUCAAAGGAAUCUUCGUCGAGUGGCAAAAAGUCAAAAAAGGAGAAAAAGGACAAAGACAAGGAAAGAGAUAAAGAGCGUAGACACGAAGAAAAAGAGAAACAAAAGGCAUUAGAGGCUUCAGCAAAAUCAGUUCCCCCGAAAGAUGAAACAAAAUCCUCCUCUCAACCACCAACAAAUGCAUUACCCAAUCCAACAGCAGCUGGAGUUCCAGAAAAACACUCAAAGAGUCCUUUAAAUGCCAACGAAACAUUAAAGAAGUCCGAAAAACCCACUAAAGCUGAGCCAACUAAAAGUCAAGAUAAUUUGGCAGUUCCGCCAAAUUCAGGGGUAGCACCAACAUUGCCACCCACAAAUGUAGCCCAUCCACAACAUACAGCCAGCGAUAAGAAAACCACAGGGGCCUCUUCAGCAUCGGCUACGGCAGCGACCGCACCAGCCCCACCAGAAAAAGAUAAACGUUCACACAAACACAAAAAGAAGGAAAAGAAUAAAGAUAAGGAUAAAGAUCGAGACCGAGAUAAGGAACGUGAUAAGGAUAAAGAUAAAGAGCGCGAUAAAGAGAGGGAAAGCAAAAAGGAGAAAGAAACUAAAGAAAAGCCAACAGAAGAAAAAUCCGCAGAAAAUUUCUCUGUGCCACCACCGCUACAGCAAUCGUUGCAGCAGCAAUCCAGUAACACUACAAGUCUUACGAACAGUCCACGUAUCAGUAAUCCUGAGGAGCCUUCUGGUGUGAAUACGACACCGCCGUCAACCACAUCGUCGACAACAACCACGAGCAGUAGCAAUAGUUCUUCGUCCAAAUCCUCGAAGAACAAAGAAAAGAAAUCCAAAGAUCGAUCAAAAGAAGAAAAAUCAUCUUCGAAACACAAAUCCAAUGAUGCCGAUGCCACAGAAACCAAGAACAAACAACCAAAACUGUCAUCAUCAUCAACCUCCUCUGCGUCCUCGUCGUCGUCAAACUCUACACCGGCAAAUGCAAACAACAAUGCAGCAAUCAUUCCCGGAUUGCCUGCUCCUCUUACAGCACCGCCUGCAGCUAGUUCGGCUCUCCCUGCACCAAGUAAUAGCCAUUUGGAUCUAAGCGAUAAUGACAGUGUGUCAUCUGCACCCACCACUUUGGAUACUCAAACAAGCGGCAAUGCGGCAAAUAAACCACAACCUCCUGCUCCUCCUCAACCAGUCAUGACACAUUCUGAUAGCUCGAACAGCAGUUUUCCUGAUUUAAGUUUUACCAAAGCAAAGAAAGCCUCCACAUCACAAGAAACGGCCAAGCCUAUCAACAAUCCUACACCACCACCCCAACCCCAGUUAAAAGAACCUCCUCCCAAAUCCAGUAAGUCUUCGAAAGACAAAACGGAUAAAUCCUCGAAAAAUGAAGAAGAACGUGAAAAGAAACGACGACGGAACUCUCAAGCAGCCAACACAUUCAUAGAACCGCCACUCAAGCAAAUGAAAAAAGAAACAAAAUCGGUUAGAGAAAAAUCAAAAUCGCCAUCUAUGCGCAAUGCCGGCAGUCGGGCAAGCAUAUCAGAGGCUUCAUCGACUUUCCUCCAGCCGGGAGCAUCACCAUCGAGUACAGCGGCCGCAGCUCCCCUGGCACCACCCACAUCGGUACCACCGGCUGCUCAUUCGCCCGCCCUAAGUGCCGCUGAGGCUGUGGGAAAUGCUACCAGUGCCACGGCCAAUGCUGCCACCUGCAAUAGUACUUCGGCUACAACACCCACAACUGCGGCUGCUAAUUCAUCGGCCUCCGCGGCACUGGCAUCGCAUCAGUUGCCUUUGGAUUAUCUAAGCGAACUGCAGGAGUUACAUCACAAGAUUAUGACACUACAGGACAAUGAAGAUCUCCAGCAUGUUGUUGAGCUGAUAGCUGCCACGGGUUGUUAUGAAAUCACAACAAAAACAUUCGAUUUUGAUUUGUGUAAAUUGGAUCGGGUGACAGUACAGCGAUUACAGGAGUUUUUCGCCACAUCGGUAUCAUGACAUAGAAUUCAUGUUUAAGGUGAACUAGCGAUCCCAAAUAGGAUUUCACCUUGACGGAAGAAAUUUAUACCAUUCAUUAAUAAUGCCGGAAGAGGUAUUUUUUUGUUAUGUAAGGAUUUUUUAUAUAAUCUAAUUUGUGUAAGAGAAGCUAUUACGAAUAAUAAAAAAAUACAACAAUAUGAUAUUUAAUAUAUACAUAAAUUGUAUUUCGCGUACAGCGGCAACACAGGAAAAACAACAAAAAAGCAAAACAUAUACAAACAAAAAAAACAUACGCAUUGCACAAAAUUUGUGUUAAAUUUAUGAAGUUGAACAAAUACAAGACAACAGCAAAAUAAGAAAUUAUAUUAAAAAUAAAUAAUAAUAAUUUAUUAAUAUUUAAAUGUAAUAAGCGAAUAUAAUAAGAAAACCGGACAAAGGAUAGACAAAGUGCAUACAUGUAUUUAUACGUUUUUUUUUCACUUGUAUUUUUCGUUUCGUAUUUUUUUUAAUUUCAAAAUCACACAAACACACCACACAUACAAAGAAAACCAAAUAAGUAAGCAAUUCUUAAAGAAAAAACAAACAAACAAAACAACAUUUAUGCAUAUAAAUAAAUAUUUAUAAAAUACAACAACAAGCAAUUAGAAUUAUAUAUAUUUUAAUUAUACAUAUAUACAGAGAAAAUAUCAAUGGAAUUAUUUGGAAAUUUUAAAACCAUAGUUUGUACAAUAUUUGAUAUUCCCCAUUGUUUUUUGUUGUUUUUUCUUUCCUAAUUUUUCUCUACUGCUACUUUUGUUUCUAUCAUCUGCAAAUUGAUUUUCAAAUUUCAAUAUUGUUUUCUGUUAAGCCAAACCAAAACUCAGCCCCGAAACAAAACAAAAUCCCAUGCCUUUAUUGACCACAUAAGACUUGUAAAUUUUAUUCUUUAAUAGUUUUUUUUUAUUAUUAUUAUUAUCUCUGCAACAAUUUUGUAUGAUAAUAUUACAAAUAAUAGUACAUACAUACAUAAUAUAUAUAUCUUUAACGUUUUACAAAAUAAGCUAGCAUUCAAUGAAAUAUAAAUAUGUUUUUGUUUUAUUUUUAAUUUUUUUCUUUCAAUUCUUCUCAGCUUUUUAAUCGAUAUAACCAAACUAAUUUCUAAGAACUACAAAGACUUUUGGUUUUAAGCAAUUUAUUAUUAGAAAAUAAAAAUAACUUUUUUCAAAGCUACACAUAUUUUAGUUGUUAACUGUAAUUAGGGUGUAUUUUGGAUGGAACCUCCUCUGUAACUCUGCUCUUUGUUUACCACGUCUUGAUUUUGAUUGUUUGUUU